GCUCUAGGGAGAAGUCCUGAAGGAUCACUUGUGCCUUGUGAGAAUCAGAAAUGGCUUCAAGGAAUUCAGAAAGGUCCUGGGAACUACCCCUCAUUAACUGAGCUCUGCUUCCAACGGGGCUUCGGGAUGAAGGCUGUUGGUGUCUUCGCCCUAAUUAUCAGCUUCAGCAUAGUCGCAGAAUCCAAAAUCUACACUCGAUGUAAACUGGCAAAAAUCUUUGCAAAGGCUGGCCUGGACAAUUACGGGGGAUUUACCCUUGGAAACUGGCUCUGCAUGGCAUACUAUGAGAGCCACUACAACACUACAGCUGAGAAUGUCCUGGAGGAUGGGAGCACUGACUAUGGCAUUUUCCAGAUAAACAGCUUCACAUGGUGCAGAAAUGCAAAAAAGCAUCAGAAGAAUCACUGCCAUGUUGCCUGCUCAGCCUUGAUCACUGAUGACCUCACAGAUGCCAUUCUCUGUGCCAAGAAAAUUGUUAAAGAGACACAAGGGAUGAACUAUUGGCAAGGCUGGAAGAAGAACUGUGAGAACAAAGAUGUGUCUGAGUGGAAGAGAGGAUGUGAGGUUUCCUGAUCUGCAGCAGGUGUAAGGGUGCUUUGCCAUGGCUCCUCAGAUUUGUAAUGAGUCUCCCUUUCCCUCACAGUAUCCCUUCUCAAAAUUGGAGAGGGAAUCCAAGCUGUAUUUUAAGAAAGUAAAUAUUUCCCUUUAUAUUGUCUUCACGUCUCUCUGACCUGAGUUCAAUGAUGUCAUAAUAACAUGAUGGUGUUAGUACUUGGGAAAUCAUCUUCAUUAUGUCUAAGGACUGGAGAGAAUAAACGUUUCUCCUUUGUUG